AACUAAGAGGGAGAAAUUCAGCGAAACUACAAUUUCUAUAAUAAGAGCUUCAAUUCACAUAUAUAAAGGCUAUAUAAAGGAUAUAUUGUAACAAUGAAAUAAAAUGUGUGGACUUUGUGUUGAGCUUUUCUUUUUGGAACGUAAUCCGUUGCGCAGAGUUGUAUUAAAAGAAAUUAUGCUAAUAUUUUGCGCAACCCUGUAACCUUGUAAGCAAAUGUAUGUUUGCGCUAGUUUACUUUUAUGUAUCAAAGAGCUUCGGAUUUUCUUGCAAAAUUUGUGUGUUAAAAGUGAAAUUUUAAUAUUCAUGUAAAACUAUGGAAAAUCAAAUAAGCAAAAGUUCUGCAGAAGAAAACGAGCUCGAAGAAUCGAGUGUUACGAUGCUGGAUGUUUUGGAGGAAGAAAAAGAACUAGAGGAAGAAUAUGCAGCAGUAUUGGGAGGUUCAGAUGAAAAAUGUUGCACCUACAGCGAAGGCGCUAUAAAGAGGCAGGCUUUAUAUUCUUGCCUUACAUGUUGCCCCGAAUCGCGCAAUGACCUGAAUAAAUGUGCCGGCGUUUGUUUGGCUUGCUCAUAUCAAUGCCACGAAAAUCAUGAAUUAAUUGAACUCUAUACGAAGCGUAAUUUCCGAUGUGAUUGCCCAACUGAACGUAUGGCCGGAAAUCGUUGUCGUUUAAAUGCUAAUUUAAAGCAACCAAUCGCUUUGAACGAAAACAAUAUCUAUAACCAAAAUUUUCAGGGAUUAUAUUGUAAUUGUCAUCGCCCAUAUCCUGACCCAGAAACAACAGUUGAGGAAUUUAUGUUGCAAUGCGUCAUUUGUGAAGAUUGGUUCCAUUCGCAUCAUUUAAAUGCAUCUUCAAAUGUGACCAUAAAACUCAUGGAAGCAUGCAGUGAAAUGAUAUGCGGACCUUGUAUGGAUAAACAUGCUUUCCUACAAGAUUACACCGGGUUAUCACUGAGUUUGAUGGAACAAUCGCUUGAAAAUUCUGAAAUCAACGGUUCAAUUUGUGAUGAUGUACGUGCUGGCAAGGAUAAUGACUAUGAUAAAUUGCGUAAUGAUUUAGAUAAAAGUAUAUCUGAUAUAUUGAACAUUGGUGAAGCUGCAAGUUCACAAACCAACACCGAUGAACCUAAACUAAAGCGUCAAAAGCUAGAAGAGACCACUGAAGAACAAUCAACUUCUAAAACGCAAACAGGCAUAUGCCGUCGACCUACACUUAAGAGUAAUUAUGAAUCAGGUCCUACUUUUUGGGCAGCAGAUUGGCGCUUAAAUCUCUGUCGUUGCAUGAAUUGUAUGGAUAUGUAUAAAAGCGAUAAAGUGGAAUUUUUCUUGGAUAAUGAUGAUACUGCUAAAAGUUAUGAAGAACGCGGCAUGAGAAGAGCCGCCUCUGAGUCAUCCGCCUACGAACAAGGUAUUCAAGCGUUGGCCUCUAUAAAUAGAGUUCAACAAAUUGAUGCGAUCACCGAAUAUAAUCACAUGAAGGAUCGCUUAAAGGAAUAUCUUCAUACGUUUGUGGUUAGCAAGAAAGUGGUAACCGAGGAGGAUAUAAAUCGCUUUUUUAAUGAAAUGCGUAGUGAAAGAAAUGCUAGUGUUGGUCAACCAUAUUUUUGUCGAUAAAAUUUUAUUAUAUGUCUUACAUUUUCAUUAUUUCUUGAUAGUUUUUUGUGUCACUUUUGUCUUUUGUAGUUAUUAUAAAAUCAUAUACAAUUGGCAAGAACGCCGAUAAGUCGAAUACCGAUAAAGCGAUAUAGAGUGUGUGGGAAAGGGAGUUUGCUUGGAUUUCAUUCUUGUCAAUGUAUUAUUUGCAUUCCUUAAAAAAGAAAACUGUGUUCUUAUGUAUCACAAACAAUAUUCAAAAUAUAAAAAGUUACUUAAAUACAUUUGGAAUGGAUUAACUUUAAA